GACUGCUGCUUCACCCGCUUUGCUCUCCACACACCAGUUUCCAAUCUUACUGAGUGACACAUCUGCAUAUAUCGAUCUCACUGAGUGAGAAGUCUGCAAAUUCUCUUAAACAGUUCGUUUAAAGAUGUUGGCGUGCACCGAAAUCAUCACGAUGUGUCUCCAGUCGGCGAAGCGCGAGCAUCUCCGCUCCAAACAGCAGCAUCAGCACCAGAUCCAGGAUGCGGUUCACGGACUGUCCAUCUUUCAAGACAUUUUCCGUCGUGCUGACAAAAACGAUGAUGGUAAGCUGUCUUUUGAGGAGUUCAAAGCUUACUUUGCCGAUGGGAUACUCACAACCGACGAGCUUCGGGAGCUGUUCUACUCCAUCGAUGGACGACAGACACAUAACCUUGAUACAGACAAACUAUCAGAAUACUUUUCUCAGCAUCUUGGAGAAUAUCUGGACGUUCUCUCUGCGUUAGAGAAACUCAAUGUUGCCGUGCUAAAGGCCAUGGACAAGACUAAGGAGGAGUACCAGGGUUCGUCUGUUCUCGGGCAGUUUGUGACGCGUUUCAUGUUGAGGGAAACAUCUAGUCAGCUGCUGUCACUCCAGAUGUCUCUGCAGUGUGCUAUGGAGGCUGUGGAGUCUCAGAGCAGCACCACUCCAGUGGAGGUUGUGAAAGUCCCGGAGCAUCUGGCCAUACAGAAGAACAACAGAAGAUGUGGCCGUCGAGUACAGAAGAACAUGUGUCUGUCACCUACUGAUCCAUACUCAGGCAUUCUCACUACUGGUGUCACUGUAGAUACAGAUGAACACUGGUGCUCUCAGAUCAACAGACUGCAGCAACUCAUCGACAAACUGGAAUGUCAGAGUCCAAAGUUGGAGCCUCUGAAAGAAGAUACUCUGUCCAGCACAUAUAAAUCAAACAUUCUUCUGGUUCAGAGACAGAUGAUGGUGACAGAGAACGAUCUUGAGGAGUUUCAGAAGGCUCUGAAAACUUAUGCCGACUCCACCGCCAAUCAAAACGACAACCUACAUGUGUCCAUUCAGAAACUGCCUGAGAAGAGCUGCUACAUCAUAUAUGAAUUUUGGCAGGACCGUAUUUCCUGGAUGAGUUAUUUGCAGUCUGAUGCCAGUAAGAUGUUUCAGCGUUGUAUUAUAGACAUGCUGGAGGAUCCUGAGGUGGUCUCCACUAUGCUGAUGCCAGCGUCGUGGUGGAUCAUGACAAACAACUAACAGCAACUUCCACUCCCACAACUGAACCUGAGUCUAAAUGACCCCUGUGUAUCUUUGAAUUAAUAACUAGCUGUAAAAAAAAAAAAAAAAGAUGAUGAGUCAUAUGUAACUGUGACACACACACACACACCAUAUUUGUGUCGCAUUUUAUAGAUAAUCUUCUGUAUGUGUAAUAAUUCACUGAAAAUAACAUGCUAACAGGGUUGCGCACUAUUCAGAGUUAAAUUAAGAAUGCCUGAAUUUAAAUGAGACACCAAAAAGGAUGUAGAAUUAAAUUUAAGGUAGAAUUCAAUUGGAAUGAAAUUCAUAGACAUUCACAUAACUGCUGUAUGUGUAGUUUUUUAAUAAUACAUUAAUUUUUUCAGUGUCAAUUACCCAUCAAUGUUAUCAUACUCAACAUAUAGUGUAUUUCCAGAAACUUUACAGUAGACUAUAUUAAUUAUUCAUGCUUAAAAUGCCACCUAUAGACAUUUUUAUUUUGUUUAGAUUAAUUGUAUUAUAUUUAAUAAAUAUAAAUGUAUAUUUAAAUAUAUAUAUAUAUAUAUAUUUAACUGAUGGGCCAUGGGUGAAGAACACUACUUGAUAGAUUAUAUAAUAAAUAGAUUUAAAUUUAUGUCCAUAUUAUACUUAAAAAGUUAUCAGAAAACAAUGUGAUAUUUAGUCAUUAUUAUUAUUUGUUUGCUUGUUUUUUUGUUACCAAACUUGUGUUGGACCAAUGAAAUUCCUCUGUUGUGUGUAGGGCUGGGUACUGAAACAGAUUUCCCGAUUCGAUUCCAUCUAUUCAACCAAUAAAUAGGAUAUUAUAUUUCAUAUAUUAUUUUUGUUAUAUGUUUAUUGUUUAAUUUCAUAAUUUGUAGUAUUUACAUUAAUUUGUUGAACAUGUGCUAAAACAAGUACUGUCUCUUUAAGAGAACCGGCAGUUCUGUAAAGAGCAUCUGUAAAUGAGCGCAUGUUAAUGAGAGAGACUCAAAUGGCUUUAUGUGCUGUGCGUGAUUAGAAUUAAAUGUUUAUUUUGUUGUUUUUGAUCAACAACUGACUGUAGAGAACAGAAAGGGCAUUACUGUAAAAGAGACAUUAUUCAAUGACAUGCAUUACAUGGAGCAACUUUUGCUCUUAACACACACUGAAAGGAUCUCGCUGCUGAAUACUCCACCAGUUUAUUACACAAACACUGCUGAGUGAAAUAUGAACAUUUACCAGCCAUUACCAAAUCUAUACAUUUUAGCCAUAUAGCACGAAAUCUGGUUGCAAAUUGAAGUGAUUUCCUUCCUAUUUUUAAUGGAGGGUUGUGCACAGAAUAAAAGAUUGAUCUUGUGAUUAAACAAUCGAUAUAGAUCACGAUGUAUCGGAAAAUCUAUAUUUUUACCCACCCCUAGUUGUGUGACUGUUGAAUUUCUCUUCCAAUCAUUCCAAAUCAAAAUCCAAUUCAACAUCCAGUUGGGUGUCGCCAAUUCCAUUCAAAUUCAGAUUAACUCAUGAACUGAAAGGGAGCUAUUUCUUUAAGGAGUAUUCUGGGUUCAAUACAAGUUAAGAUCAGUCAACAGCAUGUGUGGCAUAAUGUUGAUUACCACAAAAAGUAAUUUCGACUCGUCCCUCCUUUUAUUUGAAAAAAAAAAAAAAAAAGCAGAAAUCUGUGUUCCAGUGAGACACUUACAAUGGAAGUCAAUGGGGUUUCAAAAGUAUAGACACAAGACAUAAACAAUAUGUGUGUUAACAUGAUUUUACUGUGAUUAAAUCUCUUACCUUUCUGUCUUAUGUUAUAUCUAUUUUUACAACUUUGUUGCCAUGACGACGUAACAAUGUAAACACUGUAAACCCCUUAAACGAACGUAAAGGAGAGACAAAAUUAUUUUUUGUGGUAAUCAAAUUCUUGCCACAAUUGCUCUCGACUGAGCUUAAUUAAUAUUGAACCCAGAAUAUUCCUUUAAAUUUAGCUCACAGGCAUGGUGGUAAUAUUUCUUGCAUGCAUAAAGAAUCAAAGCAUAUUUUGCUUCAUGCAGACAUUUAAGAGGCUUUUGAAUCCAGCAGCUCUGAUGCAGAUACAGCAACUCCCUAUGAGCAAAAUAUUAACAGAUAAAAAAAACAAGAAAUGUUGUAUUCUUGUAAAUAAUUAAGAUUGCACUAAUGAAAUAAACUGCUUCUUGUGUCUAACAACUUUAAAGGCAACUUUUACCUAAUAGAAUUCCAGAAAAUAUGGACUGCUAUUUAAAAGUGCAUGCAAAUACGCAAAUAAAUAUUGUUCACAGAGAUUAUUUCUCGAGAGAAGUCUGAAAUAUUCAAGUCUGUGAAUAGGAUACACUUUUAAUGGAGAUGCACCUGUCUAAAGUGUUUCAUUUGACUGCAUAGACAUUAUAAAGGCCAAAGUAUUCUUCGUGUGUGUGCGUUGCGGAUCGCUCCGCACACAGUAUGUGUGACGCAAAUUGCGUCAUCAGCACAGCCGCGUGGCUGUGCGCAUCGUCUGCGCAUGCGCUGGCCAUUGACCGUGCUGAAAGAGUGUCACAAAGCAGUUGCAGUGUGCAUGCAUCGAACGCGUUCCUAUUCGUUCGCGGUCAGAAAAGUAUACUCAAAAAGGCAAAGCGGUCGGCCGGGCGCGAGCCGAUCCGGAACGCGCAAAAACGAAGUAUACCUGGGCCUUAAGACAGUGGUUUGACUGUCAUGUUGUCAGUAAAUAUUGAAACCUGCAAGACGUUGUAUAGUUUAUGCAUCUUAAAUAAAAAUAAUAAAAAUAAAAAUAAUAAUUUUGCUUUGUUUUUUCUUUUUUUUUAAACUUUUUGUCAUUUAGUCCAUCGAAUGAAAAUAAAAUGGAAAUUAUUAAAGUUUUUCUGUGUGUAUAGUUUUGUUCUUCAUUAAUUUUAAGGUCAAUACCAAGAUGAACGUUUUUUUUUUUUUAUAUAUAAUAAUUGCAUGACUUUGUAAUGUCUUUUAUAUCGCCAUCACAUUAUGUGCAUCUUGACGAUAAAAUAACACAUGAAUUAAAAAGGCAGAAAAAUUAUAGCUCCAUCUAUCCAAAUAUUUUAAUAAACGAUUAUUCGUUUGAUUAUUCGAUUAUUCGUCGAUUAUUCGAUAUAUGACAUUUGUCAGGUCAUAUUUCACUCCAAAAUCAAAAAGAACGAGGUUUAUAUGUAGCUCAACGUAAAUAAAGUCUAUGUUUUUUACUGUGACGUUUUAAUGACAAUUAGGCACCUCUAAUUUUCAUUACUCUAAUAAAAAUAAAUAAAUAAAAAAAACUGAAUACGAUAAAUAUAAAGUGUUUAUCAUGGUUGUAUCUGUUGUACUGCCUG